CCUUCAGUCAAUUCUGCUCCUUCCUCUGCAGGCCACAGUCUGCGGCUGACGAUGACACCUCCUCAGAGCUACAGCGACUGGCAGAGAUGGAUGCCCCCCAGCCGAGGAGGGGUGGCUUCCGCAGGAUUGCCCGCCUGGUGGGGGUCCUCAGAGAGUGGGCUAACAGGAACUUCCGUGAGGAGGAGCCUAGACCUGACUCAUUCCUUGAGCGUUUCCGGGGGCCCGAGCUCCACACCGUGACAACACAACAAGGAGACGGCAAAGGCGACAAGGACGGCGAGGGCAAGGGCACCAAGAAGAAGUUUGAACUCUUUGUCUUGGACCCAGCAGGGGACUGGUACUACCGCUGGCUUUUUCUCAUUGCCUUGCCCGUCCUCUACAACUGGUGCCUAUUGGUGGCCAGAGCCUGCUUCAGUGACCUGCAGAAAGGCUACUACAUAGUGUGGCUGGUGCUGGAUUACGUCUCAGAUGUGGUCUACAUCGCAGACCUCUUCAUCCGACUGCGCACAGGUUUCUUAGAGCAGGGGCUACUGGUGAAAGACACCAAGAAGUUGCGGGACAACUACAUCCACACCAUGCAGUUCAAGCUGGAUGUGGCCUCCAUCAUCCCUACAGACCUGAUCUAUUUUGCUGUGGGGAUCCACAACCCUGAGGUGCGCUUUAACCGCCUGCUACACUUUGCCCGCAUGUUUGAGUUCUUUGACCGCACUGAGACACGCACCAGCUACCCCAACAUCUUCCGAAUCAGCAACCUGAUCCUCUACAUCUUGGUCAUCAUCCACUGGAAUGCCUGCAUCUACUAUGCCAUCUCCAAGUCCAUCGGCUUUGGGGUAGACACCUGGGUUUACCCCAACAUCACUGACCCUGAGUAUGGCUACCUGUCUAGGGAGUACAUCUAUUGCCUUUACUGGUCUACACUGACCCUCACCACCAUUGGGGAAACACCACCCCCUGUAAAGGAUGAGGAGUACCUGUUUGUCAUCUUUGACUUCCUGAUUGGUGUCCUCAUCUUUGCCACCAUCGUGGGAAAUGUGGGCUCCAUGAUCUCCAACAUGAAUGCCACCCGGGCUGAGUUCCAGGCCAAGAUUGAUGCCGUCAAACAUUAUAUGCAGUUCCGAAAGGUCAGCAAGGAGAUGGAAGCCAAGGUCAUUAGGUGGUUUGACUACUUGUGGACCAAUAAGAAGAGUGUAGAUGAGCGGGAAGUCCUCAAAAACCUGCCAGCCAAGCUCAGGGCUGAGAUAGCCAUUAACGUCCACCUGUCCACACUCAAGAAAGUGCGCAUUUUUCAGGACUGUGAGGCUGGCCUGCUGGUGGAACUGGUAUUAAAGCUCCGGCCUCAGGUCUUUAGCCCUGGGGACUACAUUUGCCGCAAGGGGGAUAUUGGGAAGGAGAUGUACAUAAUCAAGGAGGGAAAAUUGGCAGUGGUGGCUGAUGACGGUGUCACUCAGUAUGCCCUGCUCUCAGCUGGGAGUUGCUUUGGAGAGAUCAGUAUCCUUAAUAUUAAGGGCAGCAAAAUGGGGAAUCGGCGCACAGCCAACAUCCGCAGUCUUGGCUACUCUGAUCUGUUCUGCUUGUCCAAGGAUGAUCUUAUGGAAGCUGUGACUGAGUACCCUGAUGCCAAGAGGGUCUUGGAGGAGAGAGGCCGGGAGAUUCUGAUGAAGGAGGGCUUGUUGGAUGAGAAUGAGGUGGCAGCCAGCAUGGAGGUAGAUGUGCAGGAAAAGCUAGAACAGCUGGAGACCAACAUGGACACCUUGUACACUCGUUUUGCCCGCCUGCUGGCCGAGUACACGGGAGCCCAGCAGAAGCUCAAGCAGCGCAUCACAGUUUUGGAAAUCAAGAUGAAGCAGAAUAAUGAGGAUGACUACCUGUCAGAUGGGAUGAACAGCCCGGAGCCACCUGCCGAGAAGCCAUAAUGGCUUGGCCCAAUUGCCCCGCCAGCCUUGGCCUUGACCCCAGGGCUGGAAGAGCUGUGUAGGUCCCCACAUAUAUAGGCAUUACCACAUUCCCUUGAAUUCUCCCAGAAGCCUCUCUGCUGGAAGGUUUAGGGCUCGAUCAUCCAGAAGCCCUCCUCCAAGUCCGACUAACAGCUAAUCUUUUGCAGGGCACAGACUGUGCUUAGCUCGGCUUCCAGAAGCUUCAGCCUGUCUAAGUUUGAGGAAGAAAGAGAAGAGGAGCAUCUCUCCAGGCUCUUUUGCAUCUAGUUACCUCCUACUUGAUUCUUUUCUAAUAUGUGUUCUGAAUAUUUCCAUUUCCCUGCAGCAGUAUGUAGUUAGAACACUGGCUGCAGACAUCCAGCACUGGUCCCAGUGUCCUUUUCCCAAGGCAGGCAAAAGGUGUGGAGGGGGGCAGGGAGGAGAUGCUCACUCCAAGUCCUGCUCUGCUGAUUCCUCCACCUGUCUGCCAACCCAGAGUGGGAGCCCUGUGGUCUUCUCUGAACCAGGGGGAGGAGGAUGCUCCUGGUCUCCAAUCCACCCCAGGGCACGGAGUGAGGAACUAGCAGUUGGCCAGCAGGCAAGGCACCUGGAGAAGGUGGUGGGCAGGAGCCUGGCCAUCACCUCUCUAUGCAGAGUGUUUCUCAGGAGGCCCUGAGGCUGAUGGUGGGUGGAUGACUCUUCAAGUUAACAUCUGCAGUAGAGACACUUACAAGUUAAUAAAUUCCUCUGAACUCUUUGUGGUGAUUGCUCCACUCUGCUAUUAAGAUUCUCUCCCUUCCUUCCUCCCAACCCAUCUCUUUCCCCCUUAUUUCUCUCUUCCCCUUACCCAAGACUCUGCCUGGAAUCCCCUCUGCUGUUUUUUGCUGCAUGUCUAAGCCCUACUAGGG